AUGGCCAAAACUAAGAAUGCCCAACCGUCCAAGAAGCCCUCUCGUGGCUCUGCCUCUGCAUCUCCGAUUACCCCUCCGGCGCCGCCUGCACCAGCGACUGGAGCUCCUGGUUCAUCCUCUGCUCCGACGAAAUCUGCCAGAAAAUCGAAGACCCAAGCUCGAAAAUCAUCCUCUUCUUCGAAUGGUGCUCCUAAUGUCGACAAAGCUAUGGUGACUUUGCCCACGGAGAAUCCCCCUUCCGUCUCAUCCUCGGAUUCUGAACCUGAAGAAACUGAGGAGGAUCAUGAUUUAGAGGGCUUGUCCAAUUCAAGUGAAGAAUUUGUGCCCAAAGACCAACCUGCUGUUGAUGAUUCUGAAUCCGAGAGUGAAGAACCAGAGGCUGAUCCUGUCACUACAAAACCUGUUCCUGUCCCUGCUGCAUAUUUGUCAGAGGACACUGGUAUUCCUUUACUGUGA